ACGAGGACCCGAUCGUAUAUAAGAUCUUGUCUCAUCGUAGAGCUUCAGUCUUACUUGACUGUUCAAAGAUUAAUAAUCGAUGUAGUAUAAGAUUUGAAACCAGAGAGUAAAAUAGUAAUCACAAAGAAGUAUAGAUAAACGUGUGUUUAUGAUGAGAUCAGUUAAGUGCAAAGUGGUGCCACUAGUGGUACUGUUAGUGAUAAGUGGAUCAUCAGCUAGACCUGGGCUUCUGCUUGGACAUCUAGCUGAAAACGCUGGAAGAUUGUUGGACCCCCUUGGCCUUUUUCAUCGGGAAUCCGGAAGUCAUGCAUCUGCUAAUAGCAAGAAUUUGGGCACGAGUUUCAAUUUAGGUCCCAUAGGAUUUUCUACCAGUUUAUCCAGCUCUCAGGCAUCUGCCAAUUCGAAUGGUGGUUCGGCGUCAGCAUCUGCUAAUUCUAAUGCAGCUGCGAAGACUGGUAAUUACGGUGGAUACGGAAGUGCUAAUUCAAAUGCUGAAGCUUCUGCAAAUGCUGGUGGUCAGGGACACAGCGGUGCCAAUGCUAACUCUCAAGCGCAGUCUUCGGCGUAUGGUGCUGCUGGAGGAUAUGCACAUUCUAAUGCGAAUGCUAAUGCUAACGCAAAUGUCAAUAUUGAAUCACUUUAUGGAAAUAAUUUCGGCUCUUCACUUUAUGGUGAACCUUCAGGAAACGGUGGUUUUCAAUCCAGUGCUAAUGCUAAUGCAAACGCAAAUGCCAAUUCUGGUGCUAAUGCUGGAGUGAUUGGAGGAUCCCAGUAUCCUUCUGCACCUGCACCUGCAAUUCCAAGUGGUGUUUAUGGAGGAUCUCAAUCGAAUGCCAAUGCCAAUGCCAUUGCCAAUGCUAAUUCUGGUGCUAAUGCUGGAGUGAUUGGAGGAUCCCAGUAUCCUUCUGCACCUGCACCUGCAAUUCCAAGUGGUGUUUAUGGAGGAUCUCAAUCGAAUGCCAAUGCCGAAUCUAGUGUAAUAGGAGGAGUAAAUUCUGUUCCUGGUCAAUAUCCAAGUCGUCCAUCCAACGUCCCUGGACCAGUUCAUGGAUCUUAUGGUGAUUUUUAUGGUCACGGAGGUCAUAAACAUUAUGGCCACCAGCAUCCUCAUAAGAUGGCUGUCCCAGUAAUCCUUGUCGAAGGUCCACCACCACGUCCAUCGUAUCCGAUAUAUGCUGAACCUCCUCCCCCACCUCAUCCUAGACCUAUGGUGCAAAGACCAGUUGAAAUUGUUAUUGUUGAACAACCUGUGCCAGUUCAACCUAUUCAAACUGUACAACCCGUUCACAUUCAACCUAUCCAGCCGGUUCACAUUCAGACCGUUCAACAACCUCAAGGCGAUUAUGCUGGUAACAGUGGUUCUUAUGGAUCGUCCAAUGCCAACGCCAACGCAAAUGCAAAUGCAAAUGCUGGUGCAUCGGGAUCUGUUCCAUCCAUUACAGCUCCAGCACCUUCGCAAGGAUCAUACCAUGCAAAUCCUUUUUUGAACGGCGCCUUAUCAUCAGCUAACGCAAACGCAGAUGCUAGUGCAGGAGCUCAAGGAUCUUCUGGAUCUGCUGGAAAUUCUUUCUCAGGUGGAUCUGGAUCUGGAGUUAAUGGCGGAAGUUAUGGUGGAUCAAGUGCAAAUGCAAACGCAAAUGCAAAUGCGAACGCAGGAGCUCAAGGUGGUGUCACUGGUGAUAAUCUUUUCCUAGGAUCAUCCUCAGGAGUUCCCGCAGGACCCAGUGGUAGUGCCCCUGGAAAUCCUUUCUUGCAAGGAUCCGGUUCCCAGGCGACUGCCAACGCUAACGCAGCAGCUCAGUCUACUUCCGGAAGUCAAAAUCCUUUCCUUAGCGGAGCAUCCUCACCAGGAGGAUAUGCAGGAUCACAAGGCGGAAGUGGUUCACAAGCCAGCGCAAAUGCUAACGCUAAUGCCAAUGCUGGGUCUACCGGAAGCGGAGUAUACGGAGGAUCCACAGGAACAAAUUACAACCAAGGCCAAACUUCCACAGUACUUGGAGGACAAAAUCAAAUUCCCGCAUUAAUUCCUGCACCUGUUGCACCUUCAACCGGAAGUUUAUCCCAAGCAAGCUCCAAUGCCGCUGCUACCGCCGGAAGUUCCUCAAAUGGUGCGGGAAACGGAGGUGGAUACGGUUCAUCGAAUUCUCUCGCAUCAUCAUCAGCUAACGCAGGUGCUUCCGGUUCCUCAACAAAUGCCAUUUCCAGUUCGAAAUCAUCAUCCUUCGCCGGAGGUGCACAAUCCUCUGCCAGUAGUUCCAGCAAAGCUUCAGCCGGAUCUUACGGUGGAUUUGCUAAUGCUAAUGCCAAUGCACAAGCUUCUAGUCAAGUCACUUCCGGCGGAUUUGGACCCGCUUUUGCCUCGAAGAGUUCUGCCGGAAGUCAGGCCUCCGCAGAUACCCGCGAUAUGCUCAUCUUCAGCAAUUAAUUUAUGAUAGACUUUAAGAAUUCUUAAUAAUCCAUCCUUAGAUUCUCAGGUAUCCAUUCGGUCGGAUGUCGCUCAUAAUACUCCAGACGUUCACGAUUUGCCUGCAUUUUCUAAAAUAUUCUCUCUCGUGUCAUCUUUCGAAAGAAAAAAAGACAAAAAGAUGGAGGUAAAUAUUGAAAUACAAAAUUAAAGAAUGGGAAUCGUUCGUGCAGUACAUUAAAAUAUUUAUUCAUGGACAUUUUCAUUAGAUGAUACAGACAAAGACGUCCGUGGGAAGCUGUGUGAUUUUUUUUAAUUUAUAUCCAAUUAGUGGUAAUUACUUUUGUAUCGAUCAUUAUCCUACUAGGAAUUUCCGUCUUCUAAUUGACUCCUCUGCCACGAGCAUUUAUUCGUCUCUAAAUGUGGCACAAAUUAUGUAAUAUAUUAUUACGAAUAAGCUCAUGCUACAUCAUCGUUACACUUUAAUAAGAGUUUUAAAUAAAAUAUAAUAUUAUUUUUGA